CAUUUCAGCACGCCGAGGAGACCGGAGCAGCUGGACCACGCGGCCGGACAGCGGCCGGCACCGCCCUCCCUGGCGCAGGGCUCCGAAAGCCCCCGCGAGAUGCGCGGCCGCGGGCAGAGUGAGGGACCCCGGCGGACGCUGCAGGUGGAUGCCCGCGGCCAGAGAGCGGGACGGUCGCCCUCGGCCUCCCCGGAGCGGGGCAGCACGCCCACCUCGCCCUACUCGCUGCCCCAGAUCGCGCCCCUGCCCAGCAGCACCCUCUGCCCCAUCUGCAAGACGACGGAGCUCACCUCGGCGCCCAGCCAGCCCAACUUCAACGCCUGCACCCAGUGUCACAGCAAGGUCUGCAACCAGUGCGGCUUCAACCCCAACCCGCAUCUCACCGAGGUGAAGGAAUGGCUGUGCCUGAACUGUCAGAUGCAGCGGGCGCUGGGGAUGGACAUGACCACCGCCCCGCGCUCCAAGAGCCAGCAGCAGCUGCACUCCCCGUCCCCGUCUCCGUCCCACUCCCCAGCCAAGCUCCCGGCGGGCCAGGAGAAGACCCCAGCGCCCACCCAGCCCAGCGCCCGCCCCGGCACCGCUGCCACCGCCGUCCCCCAGCCCGAGCCCCCCAAAGCACAGAGCGCCGCGCCGCAGCGGGAGCAGCAUGGCCAGCCGAAAGCCGCCGCUCCUCCGGAAGCGGCGAGGGCUUCCCCCCAGCACCAACAAGCGAAGCCUUCUUCCUCCGAGCAGAGAAAAGCGGUGGGAGACCCCAAACCCACAGCCCCGGCCCCCGGCGCGGGGGCUGCGGAGCAACCGCAGGAGGGGCUCACAGGGAAGCUCUUUGGCUUCGGGGCUUCCCUCCUGACCCAGGCCAGCACGCUGAUGUCCGUGCAGCCGGAGGCCCCCGCUCCCGCUCCGCAGACUCCUGGCAAAGUGCCUCCAAAAAUCGUCUUCAGUGACGCCAGCAAGGAAGCUGGCCCCAAAGCUGCCGGGGCACAGGGCCGGGCCGGGGCCGGGGCCGUGCCGGCCACCAAGCCGGGCAAAGCGGAGCCGGGCGUCAAGCCAAAGGAAGUGCCGAAAGCCAGGGCCUUGUGCCCCCUCUGCAAGGCCGAGAUCAACGUGGGCUCCGGCGAGCCCCCCAACUACAACGCCUGCACGAGCUGCCGGCAGCAGGUGUGCAACAUGUGUGGCUUCAACCCCGCGCCUCAUCUGGUGGAGAAAAACGAAUGGCUGUGUCUGAACUGCCAAACGCAGAGGCUGCUGGAAGGGAGCCUGGCGGACCCUGCCCCGAUGCCGCUGCCUGCGCCAAAGCAACCCGCGAGUGGCUCCCCUCGGCACCAGCCGCCGGCAGCCAGCCAGCGGGCACCGGCCCCUGCCGAGCCGGCAGCACCUCCCGAACGGCAGCCUUCCCCUGCCAAGAGCCUGCGGGCACCCGAGCAGAGCCGGGCCCCCAGCCCUGCCCCGGAGAAGAAGCCACCGGUGCCAGUGGAGGAGAAGCCGCUGCCCAAAGCUGCCCCGGAGCCAUCUGUCCCAGCACCCAAAGGGAAGAGCGUCAGCCCCAAACCGGAUGGAGAGAGCAGGGAGGGACGUGCAGCCACCGAAACGCAGAGGGCGAAGGAGCUGGAGGAUGCGGGCAAGCCUUACCCCCCGGACCUGUCCCGCAGCCCCCAGAGCCUGAGCGACACUGGCUACUCCUCGGAUGGCAUCUCCAGCUCGCAGAGUGAGAUCACAGGGCUGGUGCAGCAGGAGGAGGAGAAGCUGAGCGGCACCGGGCUGGCGGGGCAGAGCCCUCCCAGCCCCUCCGAGCUCACCAAGCUGGAGAGCAGCAUGCGGCCGCUGCUGGAGGCUCGGGGGGCCCCGGCGGAGCCCAGCAAGGGCUCGGAGGCGCGGGAGGAGCAGCAGCAGCGGCAGCGGCAGCGGCCCCGGUAUCUGUCCAUCACCCCCGAAGCCUUUGACUCGGAUGAGGAGCUGGAGGACAUCCUGGAGGAGGACGAGGACUCACUGGAGUGGGAGAACCAGAGGGAGCAGCGGGAGAGCGUGGAGUCCUCAGAUGAGUUCGGCAGCAAGCUGCGGCACGACUAUGUGGAGGACAGCAGCGAGGGGGGCUUCUCACCGGUGCCUGGACACCCCAAGGGCCGGGAGGAGGUGACUGACGAGGAGUUCAUGCGCAGGCAGAUCCUGGAGAUGAGCGCAGAGGAGGACAACCUGGAGGAGGAGGAGGAGGAGGGGUACGGGCGUGCGAAGUACAGUGUCCCCAAAGCCGAGGCGGAGAAGGGCAAAGAGCCUCCCUCGGCCAAGCGGCGCCUGCCACACGGCCCCGGCGGCCUCUACAAGGAGGAGAGGAAGGAGCUGGAGACAGCAGAGGGCGAUGACAUGAGCACGGCCCAGGGGGGUCUGAGGCGCUUCAAGACCAUCGAGCUGAACAGCACCACCGGCUACGGCAGGGAGAUGGAGGUGAGCCAGGAGGCGGACACUGGGCUGGAGCGGGAGCCCGAGCUGGAGAUGGAGAGCCUGACGGGCUCACCCGAGGAGCGAUCCCGUGGUGAGUACUCAUCCACCCUGCCGGCCACCACACCCAGCUACACCUCGGGCACCUCACCCACCUCCAUCUCCUCCCUGGAGGAGGACAGCGACAGCAGCCCCAGCCGGCGGCAGCGCCUGGAGGAGGUGAAGCAGCAGAGGAAGGCUCGGCACCGCUCGCACGGCCCUUUGCUGCCCACCAUUGAGGACUCGUCGGAGGAGGAGGAGCUGCGGGAGGAAGAGGAGCUGCUGCGGGAGCAGGAGAAGAUGCGGGAGGUGGAGCAGCAGCGCAUCCGCAGCACGGCACGCAAGACCAAGCGCGACAAGGAAGAGCUGAGGGCGCAGCGGAGGAGGGAGCGCUCCAAAACCCCCCCCAGCAACCUGUCCCCCAUCGAGGACGCCUCCCCCACUGAGGAGCUGCGGCAGGCGGCGGAGAUGGAGGAGCUGCACCGCUCCUCCUGCUCCGAGUACUCGCCCUCCAUCGACUCAGAGGCUGAGAGCUUCGACGCCGUGACCUCCAAGCUGUACAAGUCAGGCAGCGAGUACAACCUGCCCACCUUCAUGUCGCUGUACUCCCCCACGGAGAAGGUAGAGAGUGUGCAGCCUGCCAGCAAGCCUCUCAAGAGUGCCGAGGAAGCGUACGAGGAGAUGAUGAGGAAGGCGGAGAUGAUGCAGAAGCAGCAGGUCCAGCAGGCCCAGCAGGACGUUUCCUAUAGCAGCACCUACCAGCAGGUUGGAUACCGCGGCACCGAGGGGCAGAACGGCUUCCAGUACCAGUAUGCAGAUGAGUAUGGCUAUGACGGCCCCACACGCCCCUCGCAGCCCGACUAUUCAGGUUCCCUGUCAAAGCCGGGCACGGUGUACGAAGAGAUCCUGCAGACCUCGCAGAGCAUCGCCAGGAUGCACCAGUCCUCCUCGUUUGACCUGGCUCUGGAGAAGGGAGACAAGAAGAAAGGGCAGGAGGAAACGUACCAGGAGAAGCACUUUCUGAAUGCCGAGAGCGCAUAUGCUGAGCUAAUGAAGCAGAAUGGGGGGCCCCUCACCCCUGGCACCAGCCCCACGCAGCUCUCUGCUCCUGUCUCCUUUUCCACCUCAGAGGGCAGCAAGGUGGUUCCCGAUGUCCGGGUCACACAGCAUUUUGCCAAAGAGGGACAGGACCUGGCCAAGCUUCAGAGCACCCCGGCAGCGCCCAGCCCAGCUCCCAAGCCUGUCACAGCUCCUUACACCUACAGCAAAGGUUCCAGCGUGGUCACCACAGCAGCAGCCAGCCCAGCCGGCACAUCACGGAUCUACAGCUCUGCAGAGGCUGCGUCCACACCCGCCAGGAGCUACGGCCCAGCAAAGAGCACCGUCAGCUACGGCUCGCAGACAGAGGACAUCACCCGAAGCAAGGUGGGGGUGGAGAUCAGCGUGCAAACCGCCAGGGAGAAGCUCCAAGCGGUGAGUGACGGCAAGCCCCCACCAGCCAAGACGUACCCAUUCUUCAAGAGCUCCAGCCCCCCGCUCUCGCCGACAUCUCCCACUCAGAGUCCCACUCGCACUGCUCCCAGGGCAGCCGUGCCCCCCGGCCCUGCUGCCAAGUCCACUGCUGAGUUCUCCACACAGACGCAAAGCCCCCUCCUCGCCUAUGAUGUCCCCACCACCGACCCCUCGGCCUCCUCCCCCAUGGUGGCCCAGGGGACACAGACACCACACCGGGCAGGCUCACCUCGCCUGACCCGGCAGCAGUCCUCGCAGGAUGCGCCCUUCAUGGUGAUCACACUGGCAGCCGACGCAGCCAGCCAGACCAAGCCUCCGAGCUCCUCGGCAUCCCCUGCCUCGUCGCCCACCAGGGUGAGCCGGCAGGUGAUCGCCCACGGGUACGGCCAGGAGCCAGAGCAGCCACUGGGCACGUUCAUCCGGGCACAGCAUGUGAAGGAUCCAGCCCAGAAGGUGCCUGUGACUUCAGGCCCAGACGGCAUCACAGGGCUGUACAGCUGGGGAGCGCUGCCAGCAGAGAACAUCUCACUGUGCCGCAUCUCCUCCAUCCCCGGCACCUCCCGUGUGGAGCCGGGGCCCAAGGUGCCGAGCAGCAGUGCUGUGGACCUGCGCACUGCUCUGAAGUCCGCUCCCAUCAUCAUAACUGACCAAGGCAUGGAUCUCACCUCCUUGGCCACCGAGGCCAGGAAGUACUGCCUGACCUUGGACCAGAUCCCCAGCCGGCAGUCCACAGCCAUCCAGCCCCUGAUCAUCAACCUUAACGCCCAGGAGCAGCCCCACGCCAUCAUCGCAGCCUCCAGCACUGCCGGCCUCGCCAUCGCCUCCCCGAUGCUCAUCUCCCAGCCCAAGCAGCCCGUGGUCUACGGAGACCCCUUCCAGAGCCGGAUGGACUUCGGGCAGGGGGCCGGCAGCCCGGUGUGCCUGGCGCAGGCGAAGCAGGUGGAGCAGGGCGUUCAGACGGGUGCUGGCAGAGCCAGUGGGGCGGCUGGCCCUGCACCAACCAGCAAGCCCGAGCCGCCUGCUCCUCUGCAGGCAAAGUUCUCCAGGUACAGCUUGCCCAGCCAAAUGGUAAAGAAGGACGUGCUCAUCACGCAGACCAGCGUCGCGCAUAGUGUCGGUGGCCUUCCACAGCCGUUCCCGCAGGAGCAGGGCUCGGAGCUGUACCGCGCGGUGCCGGUGGAGCUGAAGACCCAGAGCCCUCUCCUCGCCCUGGGCGGCAAGAAGUCCCAGGUGAUGAUGGUGCAGGUAGAGGAUGUGGCAGCUGGCCCGGUGACCAAAGUGCUGAAGGAAGAGCCUCCAGCCAACGUGCUGGACCUCACGGGAGUGAAGGCAGAGAGUCAGGUGGCCUGCUGCGAUGUGGUCUACAAGUUCCCUUUUGGCAGCAGCUGCACCGGCGCGUUCAAUCCCACCUCGAAGGUGCCGGAGAAGAAAGCUGCAGACACGGUCCCCAGCAGGAAGGCCAGCGGGCCCCUGUAUGGCAGCAGGGAGCCAGAGAUGCCAGAGACCUUCCCGUACCGGGAGCAGCCGGCACCCGCACUCUAUGAGGAGCACAAAUUCUACCCCACCGGCACCUUUGGGAGGCUCUAUUCCUCCAUGUCAGACACCAACCUGUCAGAAAUCGGCAUGAACUACUACCCGCCAAAGGGGGACCAACCUUUCCACGAGGCCGCCGUGGACCUGAGCACCAUGAAGCACUCCUACAGCAUUGGCUUCGCCGAGGGUGGGUACCUGGGCCAGGGGCUGCAGUAUGGCUCCUUCUCUGACCUACGCCAGCCCGCUGACCUGCUGGGCCACCCGCUCCCCAUGCGGAGGUACAGCUCAGCCUCCAACAUCUACUCCGACUACCGCUACUCACCCCGAGGGGACCUGGCCAGCUUCCAGGAGUCCAGCCUGGCCCACUACAGUGCGACAACCGCGCGUGAGAUCAGCCGCAUGUGCGCUGCACUCAACUCCAUGGACCACCAGUACGGGGCCCGGCACGCCACUGGCCCUGACACACUGUCCUAUGGCCCUGGCGGUGGGGGGCUGCCGGCCCAGCCAGGGGGUGCCGCGGCCCCAAAGCCCAGCGGGAUGUUCAACCCGUCCGUCCCCGAGGCACGGCAGGGCUUCGGCGGCCUGGCGCAGUACAACGUGCCCGGUGUGCGCCUGGGUGCCGUCCGGCAGAUGUUCCCAUCCUCUGCCACCGUGCGGGCGGCCGACGGCAUGAUCUACUCCACCAUCAACACGCCCAUCGCGUCCACGCUGCCCAUCACCACCCAGCCAGCCUCCGUGCUGCGGCCCAUGCUGCGUGGGCUGUACCGGCCCUAUGGCCCGCCCGGCAUGGCGGCUGUCCCGCUCGCCAGCCUGGCCAGGGUGCCUGUCGUCGCGCCCCGUGUCCCGCUGGCACCGCAGGGCCUCUACCGAUACCCAGCCCCCAGCCGCCUCCCGGCCUCCUCACUGAUGGAGACGCCUGUCUACCUGGGCAAAGCAGUCAGCACCGCACCGGGCACCAGCCCCGCCGCCAAAGCCCCCGCCGCACCCGCCACUGGCAUGCAGAGAGCGGAGGCAUCAGGAGCAGCACCCCGCACCGAGCCCUCUGUGGCGGGCAGCAAGGAAGGCGGGCAGGCAGCCCCCGUGCCCAAACCGGCCUCGGAGAGCGUACAGCGGGAGGAGCGGGAGCGCGAGGAGGAGCGGCAGCGCAAGCAGCAGGAGCACGUGCUGCAGCUGGAGCGGGAGCGUGUGGAGCUGGAGAAGCUGCGGCAGCUGCGGCUGCAGGAGGAGCUGGAGCGGGAGCGUGCUGAGCUGCAGCGGCACCGGGAGAAGGAGCAGCUGCUGGUGCAGCGGGAGCUGCAGGAACUGCAGUGCAUCAAGCAGCAGGUGCUGCAGCAGCAGCAGGAGGAGCGGCACGCACAGCUGGCACUGCAGCGGGAGCAGCUGGCCCAGCAGCGCCUGCAGCUCGAGCACAUCCACCAGCUGCAGCACCAGCUGCAGCAGCAGCUGGAGGAGCAGAAGAGGCAGAAGACCAUCUUCCCACCCGCUGGUGCCGAGCCCACCAGCCGCCCACCCGAGGGGCCCGCUGAGGUGCCGCGGGGCCCAAUGCACAAUGGACAUGGGUGGGCGCCAGCCGGCCAGGCGCUGCCCGGGGGGCCCGAGGGUGCCACCGUCGCCCGCUACCCUGCACCGCAGCGGCCGCUCAGCAGCUCGGCCUCGGACAUGUCACUGCAGGCUGAGGAGCCCUGGGAGCCCGGACGGGGCAUCAAGAAGAGGAACUCGAUGCCGCGGCUGCGGGACGCCUACGAGAAGGAGGCAGCAAGGAAGACGGCGGACAGCAGCGUGCAGACGGACGAGGAGGAUGGCGAGGAGCGGUACAUGCUGUCGCGGCGGAGGCGGUCACGGCGCAGCACUGACUGCAGCGUGCAGACGGAUGAGGAGGACAGCGGAGAAUGGGAGCAGCCCGUGCGACGCCGGCGCUCCCGGCCCUCGCGGCACGCCGAUGCCGGCACCGAGGGCAAGGCGGACGGCACAGCGCGCGGCGUGGCCAGCAUUGGCAUCCAGACCAUCAGCGACUGCUCGGUGCAAACUGAGCCCGACCAGCUCCUCCGCGUCUCGCCCUCCAUCCACAUCACCACCCAUGACCCCCGCGUGGAGAUCGUCAAGUACAUCUCGGCCCCGGAGAAGACGCAGCGGGGUGAGAGCCUCGCCUGUCAGACAGAGCCUGAGCCGCCCCCGCAGCCCGGCAUCGUGGUGCCCCAGCUCACAGUGCCCACCACCAUCACGCCCUACUCCACCAACAUGCAGAUGGUCAGCACGGGGCCCCUGGACCCCCACGCCGUCCGGCAGCAGACCCUGGGCAAGUUUGAGAAGAAGAAGCCGGACCCCCUGGAGAUCGGGUACCAGUCCCACCUGCCGGCCGAUUCCCUCUCCCAGCUGGUGACCCGCCAGCCUCCCCGCUCCCCCCAGGUCCUCUACUCGCCCGUGUCCCCGCUGUCCCCGCACCGCCUGCUGGAGUCUUCCUUUGCCACCAGCGAGCGGCUCAACAAGGCGCACGUCCCGCCCCAGAAGCACUUCACCGACUCAGCCCAGCGCCAGCAGACGCUGCCGCGGCCCAUCAAAACCAUGCAGCGAUCCCUGUCCGACCCCAAGCCCAUCAGCCCCACCUCUGAGGAGGCUGGCAAGGACAGGUUCUCCCUCUACCAGCACCCGCUGCUCCCGGGCACCCAGGUGGGCACGCUGCAGUCCAGCCCGCUGGCGCGCAAGGUGAAGCGCACGCUGCCCAGCCCGCCACCCGAGGAGCCCCACGUGGCCCUGGGCAGCCCAGCCACCCCCCAGCUCUACCUGGGCAGCCUGGCCCCCAAGGCCCCCGCCGCCGCACCGGUCACCAAGGCCAGCCUGCUGAAGGAGCUGGACCGCGACUUGAAGCUGGUGGAGCACGAGUCGACCAAGCUGCGCAAGAAGCAGGCGGAGCUGGAUGAGGAGGAGAAGGAGAUCGACGCCAAGCUGAAGUACCUGGAGCUGGGCAUCACGCAGCGCAAGGAGUCACUGCUGAAGGACCGAGGGGCACGGGACCACCCCUACUUGCGGGGCCUGGCCGAGCGCCGUGACUACCUGUCUGACAGCGAGCUGCACAGCCUGCGCCUCGCCACCUAUGACGGCACCGGGCUGCGCCCCGCACCUACUGCCCAGUACCCCGACUUCACCGCCGCCUCCUAUGGUGCAUACCCCUAUGCGGCCCCACCGGGGCCACCCGCCUUCCCUGCCACGCGCCCACAGCCGCCCCAAUUCCCCACUGCCAGCACCACGCAGGACGGCUUGCCACCUGCCCCACUGCCUGCCUUCGCCUCACCCGCCGCCUUCCCGGCCCCCGGCACCGCGUACCCAGAGCUGGGUGCCCCUGCCCAGCCAAGCUUCCGGCCCCAAAACCCCUACCAAGCCCAGGGCACCUUCGCUGGCGCGGCUGGUGUGCCCGUGGCACAGCCUGCGCUCUACCAGAGCCCGUCAGACACACAUCAGAAGCCACGGCAGACCUCACUGGCUGAGCUGGAGCAGAAGAUCCCCACCAACUACGAGGUCAUCGGUGCGGCCACCAGCUCCUCCACUGUCCCCGAUGUCACCCUUGGUGCGGCGGCGGUGAGCAGCAGCUAUGAGCAGUACAAGGCGCCCGAAGCUCGGCUGGCCGACAGAACCGGCGUCACGCAGGGCCCCUCGGCCAGCUUCUCCUCUGAGUCCCUCUACACCAGCCUGGAGCAGAACAUUCCCCGGAACUACGUGAUGAUUGAGGACAUCAGCGAGCUCACCAAGGAGAGCCCGGCAGUGGAUGGGCAGAAAGUGGAGCCGGCGGGCACGGGCACCAACGGCCGCCACGGCAAAGAGAAGAGCGAGCUGUUGGAUGCCGAGGGGCCCAGCCGGCCGUGCUGCUACAGCAAGGCAGAGGAGGAGUCUGAGGAGGAUAUCUAUGACCACCAUGGCCCCGACCAUCGUGGGAAGAACAGCUACCACCGGGAAAGCAAUGGCAGGGUGUCGGGGAGCUCGGCGGGCUCCUCUUACUACUAUGGGGACAGUGAGUACCGGCAUUCCUCGCGGGCAGACAAGCACAGCUCCGGCAUGGCGCUGCCGAAGCACUCAUCCAAGAAUCUGGCGCCUGCUGUUGUCUCCUCCAAGCGGAGCAAGCACAGGAAGCAGGGCAUGGAGCAGAAGAUCUCCAAGUUCUCCCCCAUCGAAGAAGCCAAAGAUGUGGAGUCAGACCUGGCCUCCUACGCAGUGACAACGUCGGUCAGCAGCAGCAAUGUGGCCUCCAGGGCCAAGAAGCUGCAAGAUGAGAUCACCUACGGCCUCAAGAAGAAUGUGUACGAGCAGCAGAAGUACUAUGGUGUGUCCAGCCGGGACCUGGUGGAUGAGGAGGAGCGGGUCUACUCCAGCAGUGGCAGAACCCGCUCCUCCGGCUAUGGGCUGGAGAAGUCCUCUGGACGUGACGCAGGUGGCCGCAGCAAGUCCUUCGAGCGGGAGGGUGCGGAGCGGUCCCAGAAGGGCGGCUCCAAGCCCUCAUCCCUCGGCAUGAGCCAGAGCCGGGGCCGGGCUCCGGUCCGCACGCAGCCCUCCGAGGAGGAGAGCCCCAUCAGCCCCCUGGGCAAGUCGGUGGGGGGGUCGCGCUCCAUGGGGGGCCCUGGCCCGCAGUCAGCAGGGGACCCCUGCUCCCAGUUCUGCUCCAGCCACUCGUUGCCUGAUGUGCAAGAGCACAUCAAAGACGUGCCAAGGAACCACUCGUACAAGCACGAGGAGGGCUACGGCAUGGACGAUUCCCAUUGCGUUGUCUCGGACAGCGAAGCCUAUCAUUUGGGUCAGGAGGAGACAGACUGGUUUGAUAAGCCCAGGGAAGCGCGGUCAGAGAGGGUAAGGCACUACGGCGGCCACUCUUCCUCGCAGAAGAGACCCCCAGCUAAGCACACCUACCACGACUACGACGAGCCACCAGACGAGGACCCAUGGCAGCACGACGACUAUCCCCAGCACCGCGAGCACCGGCACCACGGCGACUACGGCCGCCACGCCGCCUCCUCCCGCCACGAUGAGCAGCCGCGCCGCUCGGCCAAGCAGCACCCGCGGGAAUCCAGCCGCCACGAGCCCCGCAGCCACGCCACGCCGGCCGCCACCAAGAAGGCACAGCAACCCGAGCCCCGUGCCUCGGCACCGUACGGCCCCGGCACCUCCGAGUACGCACCGCCAUCCCGCCACCAUGGUGCCGAGCCCCAGAAGGCACCCAAGACCCCGCAGCCGCACGGGACGCCCUCCCCGGCGCAGAAGCCGGAGCCGUCGGCCCCCGCGCAGCAGGCAGCGGGCAGGCAGCCGCAGGCAGGGCAGCAGGCAGCGCGGCAGCAGCCGGCGGCACGGCAGGGCGCUCAGCCGGCGGGCACGGCACAGCCCAGGGCGCAGGGACCCGCCGCGGCACGGCCAGCGCAGCAGCAGCCGGGGACGGGCCAGCCCACGGGGAAGGCAGCGGCCACGCUGCACGCACAGCCAGGAGGACACCCAGCACCACAGCUGAAAUCGGAGCAGACGGACACGGCCAAACCCACAGCGAAAGUGCCGCAGCAGCCGGGGAGAGCGCCUGCAGCCCAGCCCCUGGGAGCAGCAGCAGACAGCAAGCUUGGUCCGAGGGCGGCUGGGACGCGUGGCCCCACCGGCACAGCCACAGGGCAGCCUGGGGCAGAGGGAGAAAGCGUCUUCUCCAAAAUCCUGCCAGGAGGAGCAGCUGAGCAAGCAGGCAAACUGACUGAAGCGGUGUCGGCUUUCGGCAAGAAAUUCACUUCGUUCUGGUGAGAAUGGCAAAAGGAGCUGGGGAAGUGAGUGAAGUCCUUGCAGCGGAAAAACCUAUGAAGAAGCCAGGGACCUCAGCACGCGGCGCUGACUCUGGGUAUAACGCUUUUGAAAGCGGGGCGACCCCUGGGUGCUGGACCUCCCACGGCAGACGGCGGCGAGCAGCUCCGGCGCGGCGCAGCGUAGGGGACCCCACGUGCCGAGGGGCUGCGCCAGGACCCGCGGCCCUUUCUCAAGAUUAUACGCAGAGUUGC